AUGGAUUCUCCUCAGAAUAUGGGCGACACCACCGCCAACUCAAUCUCCAAUCAGUUGGGCGGUACCCACUUGCACCGCCACAAGUCUGCCACCAAAGUUGCCGCGGCCGCCCCUGGUGCCACCCCAAAAUCCGUCACGUCCGCUCUGUAUUCGGGCCAGAAGUUCAUCCAGCUUGACGUGGCCAUCGACGACUCCGCUCGGACGGUAGCGGUGUUGCGAAGAGUCCAGGACUCGUAUGUCAAUGUGUCGCAGAUGCUCGACAUCCUUGUACUUCUAUCGAUCUUCUCAAGCGAUCAGGUAGAAGGCUUUUUGGCCAACGAGGUGUUCUCCAGCACUCAGUACUUGCCCCAGGGCGGGUUGCACCACAUGCCAUUGUACAAUGACUUCCGAACACACGAUGUGGCCCAGGUGCGUGGUCUCUGGAUCCCAUUUGAUAAGGCUGUGGCCAUGGCUGUCAAAUUCGACCUCUACGAUGCCGUCAAACGUUUAUUCUUGGUGGACGUGCACGAUUUUGACAAGUUACCCAAGCUCGAGCAGACAGACCCAGAGUCGCUCAAAAGACCUGGCGACGACGACUUAGAUGCAAUGGUGGCGGACUCCCCUAGUAAGAAACGGAGAAUUGUAGCCAUGGCGGCCACUUCACCAAUGGAGGUGGUACGUAAGGCGGCAACUGCAAACUCAAAUGCGCCUUACACGCAACCGGCAUUAACAUUUGCCGAGAAAGACGUGGAAUUGGUCGCCGAGGUCAAGCAGGUGUUUAGCGAAAUAUUUAAGAACGAUGCCAAGGACACCCUCACAAAAGGCGAUGUGACUACUCACUUCAAGCGCAUUUUCGAAAAAUGCCCUCCCCACACUUCGAACUACGUAUCAUUGUUGGACGUUCCCUUGGAUCUGUUGGGUAAAACUGCCCUUCACUACGCGUCAACUUUGGCCUCUGUCAACUUGGUGUCCAGCUUUAUCGAACUAACAAUUUGCUCGCCUGUGCGUGGAGACAACAAGGGCGAGUCACCGCUCAUUUCCACAGUCCAGGUGACAAAUGCCAUGGAGAAGGGCAACUUCGUUGAAUUGCUCCAGGACUGGUUAUGGCCAAAUUUAUGGCUCUUCGACAACAAGCACAACUCUGUGUUGCAUUACCUCAUAAACCUGGCUACCAAGAACUAUAAGAGCUCCAAAUUCUACUUUGACAAGAUUUUGGAGUGGACGAUCUCUAACCCAGACAAGCAAAAUAGCUUGUAUGCCAUGUGCAACAAGAUUAUCAACGCACAAGAAACCCAGAAUGGUAACAGCCCACUUCACUUGGCGGGAGAGAAUGAACUCAAAUGGUUUGUCUUCAUUCUUCUUGAGUUAAAUGCUGACGUUAACUUGCCCAACAAUAUGGGUGUCAAGCCUCUCGACUUUGAGUGCGUGAAGCAGAUUUCCGAGUUGAGGGAAAACUACCACAAGAACAUUACUUCUCCUACAGCAGUCAACACACUUUUAGAUGCCUUGGACUGCAACACCGAAUCAGAUGAGUACACCAUCCAGCUUGUGAAGUCCGCCCUGGAGUUCUUACUAAAAGUUUCGCAGUUCAGCGAAGUCGGAGAGUUGGAAACUAUUAAGAAGUCUGAACCUAAGGAAAAAGAGCUCACACCUACUAGCGAGGUAGAAAGCUCUUCCUUGCUACUGAACAAAAUCUUCAAGUCUAUUCAAGAUCUCUUGGGCAAUACGAAUGAGGAGUAUGAAAAGGUGAUUCACCAGAAGAAGAUCGAGAUCAAUAACCUUAACAAGGAGCUUCGAGAUGCGACGAUAAUUACAGCAAAUAAUAGAUUCAUAUCGAAGAAGAUUUCCGAGCGCAUCUCGCUAGUGGACACCAUGAAAUUGCAAAUGACGAAUAUCAAUGACAAGAUCCAGAUGCUUAAAAAGGAUAUUGCGGGCAAAACGGAGGAUGAGGCGUUGUUCAGUAACGACAUCGACGAUACUACACUCAAGUUUGAUGCGGACGAGCCAUUUAUUAUCCGACCCAUAUAUGAGAAAAUCGCCAACAAUGAGACGGUAGAGGCAACCGAAGAAAUCAUGCAAGUGCUUCCUAGCACAGAAAUUUUGAAGGCACGGUUGCAGGCAUACCACGAGGUGAACACCAAUCUCCAGAACGAAUUGGACAAUUUGCUUGACUACAAUGCGUUGACCGCCAAGUUUAAGAAAGUGGUUAGUUUCUGCACGGGAGUGGACAUCAACGAGGUGGACGAACUAUUGGACGGGUUACUAGAGGCAGUGGAGGGUCAGCAAUAG